UUAAAUUCAGACAAUUAACACUAAUAAUUGCUCUUUUUAGACAUAAAGAAAACAAAGGCUAUAUGUAUUCCAAUAAGAAGAUCGCCUUGCACAAUGCUACCAAAACAAUCAUCGGAAAGCUUGACCACAGCAUGCAGCUUCAUCCAAAACUGGCUCAUAAAACAACAAAGAAGAAAAGAAGUAACAGAAGAAAGAAAAGCAAGAUUGCUCCGAAUGAAGGUCAGAUAUGUUGUUGCCUACGGAGACACUUCAAUUUCUGCAAGCAUGAAAUCCAGAGCUCCAGUACCAGUGAAGGUAAUUUUUACAGCAUGAACAACUGUCAUCAAAACAUCAAUGAGCCUAACUUAUCUAACUAUAAGGGGGUACAAAUGGCGCUUUCCAAAAAAUGUAUAGUUAAGGUAGACGAAUAUAGAACAAGCAAAGUGUGCAGCAGCUGUGGUAAUGAGCUACAAAAUUGUUAUGAGCCAGCGGGCUCCAUGGUUUGCUAUCACAGAAAAAGAAGAAGAAGGCUGAAAAAUGAAAAGAGAAGUAGACAAGUCUGUUUGGGGACAGACAAGAAAAUUAUGUGCAAGAGUAGCGAAUGUGUCGAAAGAAGAGUACCAGGUAUUUUCAAAGGAAUUUAGAAUGUAGAAAUGUUAACAAUGAAAUAGCCUAGCAGCAGAGCAUUUACCCAUUGAAAGUGUGCAGUCACUGUUCAGUCGGUAAUCGUAUGCGAUUUCGAUAGAUCUGGAAUCGAGAUGUGAAUGCAGCAAGGAAUAUUCGGUCAAUUUUGACAAACUAUAUUUCAUCUAGCUACGAUAUUCAAUCAAGACCAAAGUCGCUUCAAAGAGGC